AUGGAUAGCUCAAUCAGCCAAGACUUGAUUGAAAGCCAUGAAGGUGAUGAUGGUUAUUACUACCUUAAAGAUGAUGGCACUGAUGAAUCCUAUUACAUAUAUGUUAUCAAUGCAGUCCUAAGUGGUACUGCACGUCUAAAUGUUCUAUUACCCACAGCCACCAUCCUUGCCUUCACCAUUUUGGCUCCUCUAUUGACCAAUGAUGGAAGUUGCACCACCUUCAACCGCUGGCUAAUGGGUUUCUUUUUAGCCAUUUCAGCAGCCUCUUGCAUCUUCUUUGCAUUCACAGACAGCUUUCGGACUUCCACCGGUAGGUUAUAUUACGGAGUGGCAACAUUUAGAGGGAUAUGGACUUUCAAUGGAGGCCAGAAGAAACCACUUAUACCGUCCGAUUAUAGGCUGAGAUGGGCUGAUCUCUUCCAUGCAUCACUUUCGUUGAUCGCUUUUCUUACUUUUGCAGCGUUGCACAUUGAUGUGGUACAGUGUUAUUAUCAUAAACUGCCUAGGAGGGUGACCAACACUGUACCUCUUGUGGUUGGUUUUGCGGUGAGUUUCUUGUUUGUGGUUUUCCCUUCCAAGAGAAAGGGUAUUGGGUAUCCCUUUUUGCUGCAGAAGGACACUUCGUACUCAAGACGUUGA